AGCAAGCUAAUAUCUCUUACUCUUGACCACCACGAUCUGGUUUCGCUUUUCCUCCGUGACCUUGUCUUUGGGCAUCGGGUUUGGUAUACCCAUUUGUACACUAAUCAAUUCAUGAUUCAAGUCUGAUAUCGCAAGCAAAUCGUGCUCAACGUUAUCAAUAAAGCGACCUUGACUACUUAUAGUACAUCCUCGUGCAUACCCAAUAUUAGCAACAUGACUUUCGUGUGCCAACAGUGCAAGCACCCAUUGCAAGUAGCUUGAUUCUUCUUUGGUUGAUCUUUCGCCUUCGACUUAUGACAUGAUAGCUGCAUCAUUGCCGCCAGCUUCUUCUUCGUCUUCCCGACUGCCGCACAACUCUGAGAAGAUAGGUCUUAUUCCUUCCUCCGCCAAAGCACCUCGGCAACCGCGCGCUACAAAGGGGAAUCCCUCUUCUCCCCCACCUCGGGAUCGAGAUCUUGGAAGGCAUGUGCAGACGAACCGAGGAUUUGGGGCACCCAAUGAGUCUUUCGUGCUCCUUCAGGACUCCAUUAUACGAAACAUACCUUCUCCAGUACCCUCUCCUACGCCACUCCAGAAGGGCUCUACACCUAAAUCUCGGCAGAAUAUACCGUCAUCGACGCAGUCUCCCGCUUCACAAGAGGAAAUUCAGCCAAAUCCUUCUCCGCUCUCCCAUCACCUGCGUUCUACCACUCGUCUCUUUAAUUUGCUCUCGAGCCGCACUGAAGUCGAUCAUCCCCUCUGUUCAGAGUGUACGCACAUCCUGCUGACGAAUCUGUCGAGGCAACUAGAAGAGAUCAAGAAAGAGCGAGAUGGAUAUAUCGCAUUCGAGAAAGAGGUACGCAAGGAGAAGGAACGCGAUAAGGACAGUGCUGGCAAGGCAGCCGACGCCGAACGAAAGAUUGAGAAACUCAAAGAAGAAGAGCGAUUUGCAAUUGAGCAGCUCAAAGCUGCUGAAGACGAACAUGCACAACUGGAGAAUGAACUCAAAGGCCUGGAACUCGAAGAGAAAGCACUAGAAGAGGAAGAAGCUGAGUUCUGGCGUGUACACAAUGCGCACCAAUUAAAGGCUGCCGAGCAAGCUUCUCAGCUGGCCGCUCUCAGGGCAGCCUACGCUGCAGAUUCAGCGAUUCUUGAGAAGCUUGAGCGUACAAAUGUCUACAAUGACGCUUUCUGUAUCGGCCAUGACGGUGUGUUUGGAACUAUUAAUGGCCUACGCUUGGGCAGGGUUCCUGGAGUACCAGUGGAAUGGGCGGAAAUCAAUGCUGCUUGGGGGCAGACGCUCCUGUUGCUUUACACUAUCGCGCGGAAGCUUGAUUUUACAUUUGAGAACUACCGGCUUGUACCAAUGGGAUCAUUUUCCAGGAUUGAAAGAACAACAGGAGACAAGGCCACAUAUGAACUGUAUGGUUCAGGUGACCUGCACUUGGGUCGUUUGCUGCACAAUCGGAGAUUCGACUUUGCCAUGGUCGCUUUUCUUGAUUGUUUGCAACAGAUUAUAGACUACGUGAAAUCUCAGGACCCUCAUGUGGAGUUCCCACAUCAGAUCCUGAAAGACAAGAUUGGUGAGGCGUCCGUGAAACUUCAAUUCAGUCAAGAAGAGAUAUGGACUCGUGCGCUACGGCAUGUGCUCUUGGCCGUGAAGAUUCUCCUGAAGUGGGCGACGAAUGGUAGCAAUGGCUAGUGAUAGCUACUCAUGCAGCGAUCGAAGGGAAUCUUUGCCACAUAAACUCUCUACAGGUUCGGCAUCCACAGAUGUAUUCGAAUACGCUUGCUUGCGUCAUUCUGCUUGUAGGUGUCGCGGAACGUUCUUUUACGUACAUCACUGUCUGUAUUGACAAACCCGAGAGCUUACAUGGAAAUUCGAUUACUUUCUUGAGAAGUUGAACAGAUCAAUCUCGAGACUUCUUAUACAAUCUUCUGCUGCUCUGCCGUGACCAUCCGUGAACGAUUGCAUAAAAGACUCUCGUAUGU